AUGAAAAAUAAAGGUGCAUAAGUAUUCUGGUAAAUAGUUUUGAUAAUUAUAUGGUUGUUAAUAGAUGAAUGUAAAUUAAUAUUUCUAAUUAGGUAAUGGAUGUCCAACUGGAUGUAAGACAUGUGGAUUGAUUAAUGAUUGUUGGUCCUGUAUUGAUGGAUAUUACUAUUCUUUAUUGUAUUGUUAUAAAUGCAUCAGUGGAUGUUAAAUUUGCUCAUAGUCAAAUUCCUGUUAAACUUGUUUAUCUACUUAUACUCUAUAAAAUGGCAUAUGCUAGCCUAAAUGUUCAUUAAAUUGUUUGAAUUGUAAUGCACCUUCCACAUGCACUAACUGUAUGGAUGGAUACUAUAUUGAUACCAAUCAAUAAUGUUAAUAAUGUACUCCACCUUGUUAGACUUGUAAUUCAAGUCCUAAUUUAUGUCUUACAUGUAAUGAUCAAAUAGGAAUGAUCGUCAUUAAUUCAUAAUGUGUUUGUAAAGAAGGGUUUAUUAAGAAUUCCUUAAAUGUUUGUAUACCUUGUACACCUCCAUGUUUUAGUUGUAUCGAUAAUUAAAAUAAAUGCAUUUCUUGCAUUUCCACAUAUAAUUAUUAUUCCAUCAGCAAUACAUGCGAAUGUCUAAGUGGAUAAUAUGAAAUUAAUUAGAGUUGUCAACCUUGUCAAUUACCUUGUUCUACAUGUGAAUUAUCUAGUUCUCAUUGCUUGUCAUGUUCAGAUAUUAAUUAAACUUUAAAUGGAUAAUUCUAAUGCAUUUGCAAUUAAGGAUUUAUAUAGAUUAUGACGCAUUGUGAAUAAUGCAUCACUCCUUGUUUAACAUGCAAUUUAACUACUACUUUUUGUCUUUCAUGUGUUGAUAUCAAUCAUGAAUUGAAUAAUGGAGCAUGUAUAUGUAAACAAGGAUAUUUAACACUUUCUACAUCACAAUGUAUAUAAUGUAAUUCUGAUUGUAAAACAUGUUCUAUUUCAAUUGAUAAAUGUGAUUCAUGCAUAGAUCUUAAUAAAGAAGUUGAUUAACUAUAUUAAUGUGUUUGUAAGUAAGGAUUUUAUUUGGAUCCAAUAAAUAAUAUAUGCAAAGAAUGUGAUAGUUCAUGUAGCAUAUGUACAAUUGAUAGAUGCAUAACGUGUAAAUAAGGAUAUGGAAAAAGUAAAGAAUCUGUCUUGUAUUGUUUACCUUGUCAUUAUCCAUGUUUAGAUUGCUAAGAAGAUGUAGAAUUUUGUAAUAGAUGCGAUAAAACAAGUUUUAUUUAUUUAGAGAAUAAAGAAUGUAAAUGCCCAAAAGGUUAUUAUUUUGAUAAUCAAUAAUGUUCAAGAUGUUCACCUGAAUGUGAUAAUUGUUCUUAUAAAUUAGAUAAUUGUUUGAAUUGUAUUGAUAACAAUUAUUAAUUUUUUGAAAAUAGUUGUGUUUGUCCUUUUGGAUAUUAUAUAGAUACAUCAUAUAAUUGUUAAUAAUGUAAAGAACGUUGUGAAUCAUGUAAAUAUAAUUUUGAUUUUUGUUUAAGUUGUAGUAAAUCCCAAUAGAUAUUGAUUAAUAAUUAAUGUUAAUGUAUAGAUGGUUAUACUUACAUAAUGACAAAUGAUUAAUAAUAAUAAGAUCUAUGUCAUUAAUGUUCAGAUAUUUAUUAGAAUUGCAUUGAGUGUGAUUCAUAAAAAUGUAAUAAAUGUUAAUUAGGAUAUUAUUAAAAUGAAUUAUAAGAAUGUGUUAUAACAAUAUGUGGAGAUAAGAUUAGAGUUGAAAAUGAAGAAUGUGAAGAUGGAAAUGAUGGAUGUUAGGAUUGUUAAUGUUAAUUAGGAUGGUAUUCAAAUGAAAUAGACUGUAAUUCUAUAUGUGGAGACGGAAUUUAAGUAUAUAGAGAAUAAUGUGAUGAUGGCAAUGAUAUUCAAUAUGAUGGAUGUUAUUUAUGUUAGUAUGAUUGUAAUUAAAAUUGUUAAUUAUGUAAUCAAGGUGUUUGUAGUGAAUGUAAUGAAGGUUAUUAAUUAGAAAAUAAUUAAUGUAUUACAUCAUGUGGAGAUGGUAUAUUAAAUUAAUCAAUAGAAUAAUGUGAUGAUAAAAAUAAUCUACCUAGAGAUGGUUGUUUUAAUUGUUUUCUUGAAGAUGGAUUUAUUUGUCAUUACAAUAAUUAAUUAUAAUUUCAAUCUUGUGAAAGAUGUUUAGAUUUAAAUUGUAUCACUUGUUCUCUUGAUAAUUAAAUUCAAAUUUGUCAUAAAUGUUAAGAUGGUUAUUUUAUUGAUCUAUAUAAUGGAUGCUCAAAAUGUGAUGAUAUUUGUAUCAAUUGUAUUAUUAACUCUAAAAAUUGUAUCACUUUUGAUUAUCAAGUAUAUUAAUUGAAAUAAUGUAAUUAAAGUUAAGGACUUUAUUAUGAUUUCACCCUUAAAGAUUGCUAAUCUCAAUGUGGAGAUGGAAUUAUAAGUGCUUAAGAAUAAUGUGAUGAUUAUAACACUAUUGAUUAUGAUGGAUGCAAUAAAUCUUGUUAAAUUGAACCUGGUUUUCUAUUUGAUAUUUAAAGUAACACGUUCAUCAAUGAACCUAAAAUUAAAAUAGAAUCCUAAAAAUCUAAUAAUAAUUUAUAUUAAAUCAUUCCUGAUUCUUUUUCAGAAUCUAUUAAUUGCACUGGUUCAUUUAUAAAUAUUGAUAAUUUCAAUAAUUCAUAAUACAAUUUUAAUAUAACUUAAAUUCAUCAACAUUGUGAUAUAUAAUUAUCCUUAUAUAAAACUAUUGAUCCAAUUAAUUUGAUUCAUGUUUUUGUCAAAUAUAAUCAAAAUUACAAAAAACGAAUAUUAGAUGAAGAUUCCUCCUCAUAAGAAAUCGUUAUUGUACCUUAAAGAUAAGUAUAUGUAAAUUAAGAAUAAAAAGAAUAAGGAUAAAAAGUGGCUUCAGCUUCCAAAGCUAUGUCUUAAUCUAUUGUUGCAUUUGCACCUCUAGCUUUAAUUUUUGGAGGAUUCAAAUUUAUAUGGGCUAUCCUAGACAUUUUAAGUUGGUUAAAUAAUUUCUAUUUCUUAAAUGUUAAUUAUCCUGAAAAUGUUAGACUACUAUUUUAAUAAGCAGAAUGGAGCAAUAUUAUUACCUUUCCUACUAUUAAUAUCUUAAAUUAACCACAUGAUGAUUAUUACUUUUAAGCAUAACCUAAAUUCACAGAUAAAGACAUUGAUCCUCUUUUUUUUAAUAAUAUCCAAAUUGUUUUCAUUUUCUUAUUGCAAGUCUUCUUUACUAAACUUAUAUGUUGUAGCUUAAGGAAUUUAUUAUAAAGAUAUUAUAAAAAAAUUUUAAUCCUCAAUUAAACAAAAUCUAUCUUUAAACUUAGUGAAUUUGAAAUUGAAAUUUAAUAACAAAAUUAAAAAAUAUAACCAAGAUAAUAAACAUUAAUCUAUUAAAUUCCAAAAAUAUUCACACCUUUAUAUUCAUAAUGUCUUAUUUUUGAAUCAACUUUUGUAGCUAACUUAAUCAAAACUUUAUAAUUAAGCUAUUUGGAUAUCACUUUAGCAAUUGUUCUUUAAAUUACUAAUUAAUAAACAGCACACAAUUUAAUAGUUAAAGUAAAUAUUGCUUUUGCUUUCUUUUUUAUUAUUAUUUUAAUUUAUCUAAUUUGCUUUUCAUAUACUAUAACAUCAUCUCAUCAAUUGAAAUUAAAUUAUGAACAUUUUCAAAAAAGAUAUAGUUGUUUUUAUGAAGAACUCAAAACAGAUUCAAAAAUUGCUAUGAUGUAUUCUUUUGUCAAUCUAUUACGAAAAACUUGUUUUAUAGUUGCCACUGUUGUACUAUAUAACAUCCCUAUAUUUUAAACUACUGUAUGUUUCUUAUCUUGUUUACUCAAUAUCAUCUUUUUGUUAAUGGGUAACCCAUUUACAACUAAAAAACAAUUUAUCUUAAACUUUAUUCCUGAUCUAUGCAUAUUACUAAUUAUAGGAAUAACAAUAAUUUUUGCAUUUUAGGAUAAAUUUUAAAUUUUAGAUGAUUAAAAUAUUUAUAUAUUAGGUUGGAUAGUUGCUCUUUGCAUAUAUAUUUCCAUCAUACUGUAAUUAUUAUUCUUGUUAAAAGAAAUAUUAUUUUAAAUGUGGGAUCGAUUGAAAAAAUUGUUUAACUAUUUUAAAAAUAAAUUUAAUUGUGUAUAUUGA